AUGGUCUAUAAUGGCCCGAGUAAGGGCUGCCGUAGGUGCCGGGACCGGAGAAUCAAGUGUGACCAACGACAGCCGGAGUGUCUAAACUGCUCUACUCGGGGAAGCACAUGCCCAGGGUAUAGGGACAUCUUCGACAAAGCGCAUAGAGACGAAACAGCCAAGGUCUGGAGGCGGCAUUCCCGUCAUAGUCGCAAGACUGUCACUUUGGGCGCGCCGCCAACACUCAACUUUGUUCCAAUGCAGAUAUCUCUGCCGAGAAGCAUUCUCUCAGACCCUGAGUCCAACGCCUUGAACUUCUUCUUCCUCCAUUACAGUUUGUGUCAAAACAUCGAAGAAACAUGCAGUUUCUUCAGCCUCCUCCCUGACAUGUACGCCAAGUCAGAGGUAUCCUCUCCCCUCAACAGGGCAACGGCGGCACUUGCACUUCAGGUUGCACAUCUGCAUUUCUCACGUGGUGGCGAAAGCCGGAUGGCAAGUACUGUCUACGCAUAUGCAGUGGUACAGACCAAACAAGCCCUUGCCGCACCGGCACAGAGCAAAUCGGACUCGCUCCUAAUGACGACACUUAUUCUCGAGGCGUACGAGAGCGCAAAGGGCGUAUUCGGAAGAGAAGAGAAGCUCUCUUCGCAGUCACACACGCAUGUCCUUGGCUCCAUCGCUUUGCUGAAGCACCGAGGGCCGUUAAACUUCAAAGACGAGCUAUCGUGGCGCCUCGUCAUUGCCACUAGGAAUAGGCUACUUCACCACACCUCGCACGGUGCUGACGAACUGGCUGCCGUCGAUGCAAUUGUUGAUAUUUGGGGCCAUGGCAACGUAAAAAGGCCGAAAGGGCCAUCAGUGGAAGCCGACACACUGGCAUUCAGAUUAUCACAGCUUAGGCUUAUGGUUACUGCUGAAAACAGCCUGAAUUUGCAAACUAUCAUAGCCCUUGCUACUGAUAUUGCAAGCCAAUGUGCAAUCUGGCACAGCGCACUGUCAUCAACGUGGAGGCCGAUAUCUAUCCCAACCUACACUCUCGCCCCAUCAAUCCAGGUCGCUAGUACGUACGAGCAAAUGGCUCCGACCGUCUAUACAAAUAUCUCCAUAGCCAACUCAGUCAAUCGCCAGCGGACCACUGAGCUGGGAUGUCUCUCACUAAUCGGCUCUUGUCUUGCCAACAUCCCACACCAGGAAGAUGGACACCAGACUGGCCUGCCGUAUACACUCAUGGCCCGAGCACAGAUACUUGUUGACGAGAUAUGCGCCAGUGUGCCGUUUCUGACAGGUGACGUGACUGCAGGCGAAUUAUGGUCUCACGCCGUGUUCGUGCCGUCCGUGGUUCGAGAACCUUCAUAUGGGAGCGGCCGGGGUUGCCCGGUUCCUGAGAAUACGACCAAGCACGCGCAACAAGUGAUAACAUCUGGAUUGUACAUGAUGUACGGUACAUUAACGGCGGUACUGAGGAUACUGGGAAACAUGCGAACCGUACUUCGUGAUGGGCAGGUCAGAUGGAUAAUAGGACAGGUUGAUAGGCUACGACAUGUUCUUCAUAUUACUUAG